AUGGCUGAGUCGAACCCUUCUCCUGCGGUUCAGGCCGCCGCACCCCACGAACCACCCCACGUCUACAAGGCUAACGAGGGCUACGAUGUCUCGGUGAGCCAAGAGGUGCCUCGCGGCCUUGCCCAACCCUCGGCCCCCCAGGAAGCUGCCGACGGCGACGAGGAGGAUUUCGAAGACAUCUUCGAGGAGGACGACGAGUUCGGAGACGAUGACGGCGCCGACCUCACCAAGAACUACAACCGCCAGCGCCAGCUCAACAGCGGCGCCUUGGUGCUGCCGAGGGCCAACCAGCAGAAGCCCGCCGCCAAUACUUUCGCCAGCGUCGACGAUCAGAUAUCGGCCCUCUCGAAACAUGCCGCCAAGAUCCGCCUAGACGAUGUCAAGGACACCCAGGACAGAGACAAGGACAAGGCGGACAGGGCGACGAGCGACCAGGUGCUGGACCAGCGCACGCGUAUGAUUCUCCUGCAGAUGAUCAACCGCGAUGUCCUUGGUGAAGUGCACGGCGCCAUCAGCACAGGAAAGGAGGCGAACGUCUACGGUGCAGUCGCAUACGAGGCCGACGGCUCGAGGAUACAGAGGGCCGUUAAGGUCUACAAGACCGCCAUCCUAAGUUUCAAGGACCGAGAACGGUAUAUCACUGGCGAACACCGAUUCAAGUCUGGCGCCGAGAAAGGCAACAACCGCAAGAUGGUUAAGCUGUGGGCCGAGAAGGAGUUCAGAAACCUGCGAAGAAUACACGCUGCUGGCAUUCCCUGCCCCGAGCCUAUUCACCUAAAGCUACAUGUCUUGGCCAUGGGCUUUUUGGGCGACCGUAGAGGUUGGGCCUACCCGCGACUCCGAGAUGCUACCAUUGACGGAGAUGACGCCGAUCAAGUGUGGCACUCCCUGUACCUUCAGCUUAUGGGUGUCAUGCGACGGAUGUACCAAGUAUGCAGGCUGGUGCACGCCGAUCUCAGCGAGUAUAACAUUCUUUACAACGACAAGAAGCUAUACAUUAUCGAUGUGUCUCAGAGUGUGGAGCACGACCAUCCCAGAUCUUUGGAGUUCUUACGUAUGGAUAUCAAGAACACGGGCGACUUCUUCCGGAAACAGGGUGUCGAUACUUUGAGUGAUCGGACAAUCUUUGACUUCAUCUCAGCGCCCGAGGGGGCAGUGGAGGAGCCUGGGAUGUCCGAAACUCUGGAGCGCCUCUACACUUCACGGUCGCCCACUGACGACACCGAGGAUGGCCAGGCGCAACAGGAGGUCGACAACGAAGUGUUCCGAAACCAGUACAUCCCGCAGACGCUGGAACAGGUCUACGAUAUCGAAAAGGAUGCGCAAAAGAUUGGAGCCGGGCAGGGCGAUCAGCUUGUGUACCGAAACCUCUUGGCAGACCAAGUUGUCCCUGCCAAGACGGGCUCCGAGGCCAGCUCCGAGGAUGAGGAUGAUGAAGGCGCGGCAUUGGAUAGCGAUGGAACUGAUGACGAGAGCAAGUUCGAGAAGGGCCAACCGAGAGGCAAGAGAUUCCAAGACAAGGACGAGAAAAAGCAUCAUAAACAGGCCGUCAAAGAGGAGAAGCGCGAGAAGAGGAAAGAGAAGAUGCCAAAACACGUCAAGAAGAGGCUUGUGUCUGAAAAAUCACGUGGGAAGAAAUAG